GUCUAGUUAUGGUUUUAGGUUAGACUAUAAGUCUAUUCUUUACGGGUAUUGAAUUCAAAUGCAUGUUGUUUUAAGAGAUUCGUGAAUUGUAUCAGAAUCAUAGAUAAAAAAAAAUAAACAGUAUAAAAAUAGAAAAAAAACAAUUAUAAAGAAUGGUUACAAUUAAAAUAAACGAGACAAUAUAGGUUUAGCAGAUAAUUUUGGAUAAAAAAAAUCGAAAAAUCAAUUUUAUUUUUUUAACAUAAAUCAUUUUAUUAAUUUUAUUGGGAUAGAAGCGGAUCAAUGUUUGGGCUUAUAUUGAGUCAAUUAAGAGCCCAUGAACAUGGAACAUAUGAAGCUUUAGGAUUUGUUCAGAUGCUGUCUGUUUGAAUUUGCUCUCCUACACAACUGAAAGAAACGAACCGAAGUAAGCAUGGGUCCGAACCUGGAAUGUCGUAUGUACGAGGCGAAGUACCCGGAGGUGGACAUGGCGGUGAUGAUACAGGUGAAGAACAUCGCUGACAUGGGUGCCUACGUGUCGCUUCUGGAGUACAACAACAUCGAGGGCAUGAUCUUGUUCUCAGAGCUCUCCCGCCGUCGGAUUCGGAGCGUCAGCAGCCUCAUCAAGGUGGGGCGCAUCGAACCCGUCGUGGUCCUCCGUGUCGACAAGGAAAAGGGCUACAUCGAUCUCAGCAAGCGCAGGGUCUCCGAAGAGGACAUUCAGGCCUGCGAGGAGAGGUACAACAAGAGCAAGCUCGUCCAUUCCAUCAUGCGCCACGUCGCCGAAACCCUAAACAUCGAUUUAGAGGACCUCUACAUUCACAUUGCAUGGCCGUUGUAUCGCAAAUAUGGUCAUGCUUUUGAGGCUUUCAAAAUAAUUGUGACUGAUCCUGAUUCUGUUUUGAAUACUCUCACCCGUGAGGUCAAGGAAGUUGGCCCUGAUGGGCAGGAGGUAACUAAGGUAGUGCGAGCUGUUUCUGAAGAAGUGAAGGAUUCUCUUGUGAAGAAUAUUAGAAGACGGAUGACCCCCCAGCCCUUGAAAAUUAGGGCGGAUAUUGAAAUGAAAUGUUUUCAAUUUGAUGGCGUUCUUCACAUUAAGGAGGCAAUGCGUAAAGCUGAAGCUGCUGGAAACGACGACUGCCCUGUCAAAAUUAAACUUGUUGCUCCCCCACUUUAUGUUCUUACCACUCAGACACUGGACAAGGUGAGUGAACGUGAUGAUAAAUUGCUUGCUGAGCACAUGGCCAAGUUACGCCAAGAUAAUGAGGAGGUAAGUGGUGAUGAAGACAGUGAAGAGGAAGAAGAUACAGGAAUGGGUGAGGUUGAUGUGGAUAACGGUUCUGGGAUAACAGAGUGAAAAACAAAAAACAAAAACUUGUGGGUAUUGUAAGGCAUCGAUAGCAGAGUAUCGAUAACAGAAUACGGCUUUACUAAUUGUGUCUUCUUUAUCAUUCUUUAUGAACUGCUUUCAAAUGCUGUUGUAUAAUACAAUUUUGAAUUACUAUUUGUUGAGUUGAGUCAUGUAUAUUGCGAAGCGAGAUUGGAGUUUAUUGAUGAGGAUGUUCAACCCAAA